AUGGGGAACCCCAAACGUCAAGGAAGUAACCAAGAAAAAUCCGGGAAAACUCUGGUACAAAAAUCAGGCUCCUUAACCCGCUACUUUAGAGAUUCCUCGGACUGCGAGGCCGGAGCAGAUGUAAACAAGAUGGCCGCGAUGGAAUCAGAAAACGACAUAGAGCCGUCUAGCCUGGCGAACUCCGAGAUCUCCAACAAAUCCCUGGAAUCAAGAAGAGAUGCAGACAUCAGGGACCUAUUGAGAAACCUGCCAUCGAAAGCAGACUUAGCUUCUAUGCUGGGUAAGUUGGAGGCGUCAUUUCAAAACAAUAUUAAAACUAUUGAAGCCGAAGUGCAACCGGUUAGUCAUCGCGUUACAGACCUGGAGGAAGAGAGGGACAUCAUACAGGCCCAAAUUACCAAUCUCUCUUAUACAUUGGAAUCCCAAACAAGCGCUCUAAUGGGAUUCCAAAGGUAUCUAAUCGUUCUCACCAUCCUGUACCACACAUACUGUAUACGGGACAUAGACAAUCUGGGCCCCCGAAAUAAUUUAAGAGUGAGGGGUCUACCUGAAACCCAAGGAGAGGAUAUUGUAUUGAUGCUCUCUGAACUGUUCAACCUGCUAUUAAACAAACCAGGAGACCAUCCUAUUCUAUUGGACAGGGCUCACAGAUCCCUCCGUCCACGGGGAGUUACGCAAGACACCCCCAGGGAUAUUAUAUGUAGACUGCACUACUUCACAGUUAAAGACGAAAUCCUUAGAUCGCUCAGGGAUACCACCCAACCUCUAUUAUUCCACGUCACACCAGUGCAAAUAUAUCCUGAUCUAACCUGGUAUACACUCCAAGCCAGGAGAUACCUGAAACCGGUCACAGAAUUACUAAGACAACGCAACAUCAAAUACAGAUGGGGCUUUCCAUUUGCCCUAAUUGUGACACAUAAGGGAUCUACACUAUCUAUAACCUCACAUAUAGAUGUAAAACCAUUUUUGAGGGCAUUGGACACGCAAGUGAUGGAUUGGAACCAGCCACCCACAGGUGCAGCAGAGACAACGUUGCUAUACCCCUCUGAAAAAGAGGAGACCGGAGCAUAGAGUCUUUUCACCCAAUAGAAGAAACCCACAAGACCAGGGAGAAAACUACAAUUAACCCGGGCCUGGCCGUUUCGCCCCGAAAUUAG